ACGGCCAUGCGCAUCCUGGGCGGAGUCAUCAGCGCCAUCAGCGAGGCGGCUGCGCAGUACAACCCGGAGCCCCCGCCUCCACGAACCCAUUACUCCAACAUUGAGGCCAACGAGAGUGAGGAGGUCCGGCAGUUCCGGAGACUCUUUACCCAGCUGGCUGGAGAUGACAUGGAGGUCAGUGCCACAGAACUCAUGAAUAUCCUCAACAAAGUUGUGACCCGACAUCCUGAUCUGAAGACUGAUGGUUUUGGCAUUGACACGUGUCGCAGCAUGGUGGCGGUGAUGGAUAGCGACACCACAGGCAAGCUGGGCUUUGAGGAAUUCAAGUAUCUAUGGAACAACAUCAAAAAGUGGCAGACCAUAUACAAACAGUUUGAUGUUGACCAAUCAGGGACCAUUGGCAGCAGUGAACUCCCAGGGGCCUUUGAGGCAGCAGGGUUCCACCUGAAUGAACAUCUCUACAACAUGAUCAUCCGACGCUACUCGGAUGAGGGAGGAAACAUGGAUUUUGACAACUUCAUCAGCUGCUUGGUCAGGCUGGACGCCAUGUUCCGUGCCUUCAAAUCUCUUGACAAAGAUGGCACUGGACAAAUCCAGGUGAACAUCCAGGAGUGGCUGCAGCUGACGAUGUAUUCCUGAAUGGGAACCCUGGACCUGCCCCCUCCGCCUCGCUAUCGGAGUCACUUUGGUGCCUCGAUCUCUCCCAGGGCUGAUCCUGUCCGCAGUCACACCCUUGUGGGUCCUGCUGACGCCCAGGCCCUUCGUUUUCCCAGCCCUUGGCACCCUGCUUCAGAGUCAACAUCCAGGACAGCAUGCCCCAACACGCCAAGUCCUGAGUUACCCCGGCUUGAAGACACUCCAACAUGCUCUGCCCAGGGGUCACCCCACCCCCAUCACACCCAUCUUAUACCUACUCCAUCUCUCUCUCCUGUAUCUGUGCCAAACCCAACAUUUAUGUUGCUCCCGUGCCCCGAGGGCCCUCUCUCCUGGGAGCACGACUGAGUCUCUGCACACCCUGGCACACCCACUUAGAGUUACCACCCAGGCAGCCAAACUCCAGGCCAUUCCAGGCCCACAUGCCCCAGUGCCUUUGUCUGUAUUCUGCCCCAGCCUGCCAGGCCUAGGAGGAAAUAAAUGUACCCCAGUUGCUGCUCUCU